GAGCCCUCCAGGACCCAGAAAGCAGAAGAGCAGCAUACCAGCAAAGCUGCAGGACAGGUCAUGGAAAAACGCAAAAGAUGAACAAGAAAAGAGCUGGUCAGAAGAGGCAAAGAAGCAGAUCUCCAACCCCGCCCCGAGGGAACAUCGUGGGCUGCAGAAUUUCUCAUGAAUGGAAGGAAGGAGAUGAGCCCAUCACUCAGUGGAAAGGAACUGUGCUGGAUCAGGUGCCUAUCAAUCCCUCUCUCUACCUGGUGAAAUACGAUGGCAUUGACUGUGUCUAUGGACUGGAACUUCACAGAGAUGAGAGGGUACUGUCCCUAAAAGUUCUUUCCAACAGGGUGGCAUCAUCCCAAGUCAUUGACCCCAGCUUUGCUGAUGCCAUCAUUGGCAAAGCAGUGGAACAUGUAUUUGAGGGCGAGCAUGGCUCUAAGGAUGAAUGGAGAGGGAUGGUCCUGGGCCAAGCUCCUAUCUUGGAUGCCAGCUUUUAUAUUACUUAUGAGAAAGAUCCUGUGCUUAACAUGUACCAGCUUCUGGAUGAUUAUAAAGAGGGUGACCUCCGUAUCAUGGCAGGGUCCAGUGAGCCCCCUCCUUUAGACAUUGACCUGGAGCUGGUGGAUGGACUGAUAGGUAAACAUGUGGAAUACACCAAAGAUGAUGGCUCCAAGAGAGUUGGCAUGGUCAUACACCAGGUUGAAGCCAAGCCCACUGUGUACUUCAUCAAGUUUGAAGAUGAUUUCCACAUCUAUGUCUAUGACCUGGUGAAACAGUUCUAACCAUUUGUCACAGUGUUGCCAGAGCUGUAGAAAUAAAGUUGUAAAUUUUUUUGAAAA